GGCCACACUUGGAAAUGCGGCACCGCUGACAUUGAAAAGGCGAGAAUUAAGCGAUAAUUGAUUGCAGUUUGAAAUAGGAGCGAGAGAGUGCAUGGGUAAAAAUCAAUACAGGGAGCACGCCGAUGGAGCAGCGCGCCAACUUUCUGGCUCUGACCCUCCUGGACGCCCUGGAGGACGAGAACGAGGCUGAUAUAAUGUCGAUGCUGGAGAGGAACAGCAUAAAUGCUGGCAUCGUGCCCUGCGAUCGAGGACUGGCUCCCUUGCACUACGUGUGCGGCAUGCGAAACGGGGGACUGGCCCAGCGAAUCCUGGAGCGGUUUCUCGAGUGCCCCGACCUCGACGUGAAUGCCUUGUGCGACGGCCAGACCACGGCGCUGCACAUCGCUAGCAUUUAUGGGCGGACGGAACUGGUUAGGAUGCUGCUGGAGCGCGGAGCUUGCGCGGACCUGGCUGAUGAGGAUAAUAAGCUGCCAGUUCACUACGCCAUUGAAGAGUGCCACUUUGAGGUGCUGCAGCUGCUCCGGGAUCACAUCUUCCGCGAGAGGCAGAUCCAGAAAAAGCAGCAACAGCGAGUCCAGGUGGUUGACGCUCUAACCCCCAAUCAGCCUAGGUACAAUCACGAUGUAACUUCCCCGUACUAUAUUAAUAUCACUCACAGGCGGCAUCGACCGCAGCCGAAGUUUCCGGAGCCAACGGAGGUGGAGUGCGCCGACAUUCCACCCCUGCCCGAUGAGGAGUCUGUGAACCUGUUUGCCCUCACUGAAGCUCACCUUACCCAACUCAUCCAGAGCCAACGGCAGAACCAGCCGGAAGAUCCUUGUCAGCCAAAGCGGCGAACUCUUAUUGAAAGCUGGCGUGAGAAGGUGGAACGCUCGCGCGCCCGCCAGUCCCUGUUCCAUCAGUACGAUGAGCAUGUGGAAGCGAUGGUGGAUGAUGCUAUUAGUCAGGAGGACUUCAACUAUAAGGAGCACCUGCAGAAAAAGCUCAGAGACGAGGACAAUUCGAAGAAUCUGACAGAGGAUGCACCCAACUCGGGUCGUCAGGUGUUCGAGAUGCUAGUGGAGCAAGUCUCUCAGGCUGUCGUCGUGGAGCCGGAACCGGAGCACAGUUUCUUUACAGCUCAGGGCGACGAGGUGGACGUGGCGGAGAGCUCAGCACGCCAGGAUGAGUACUUUCUGCAAAUCAAGGAGGCCUACGUUCACACCGACGACGAGAAUGGGUUAGUUUUCUACGAAGCGAGAUACCUACAAAACAGGGACAGGCGGGAGCCAGUCGAGCAAACUCCCAAAGAGAGGAAGCACGAUUUGGAAAGCUCCGUGAGCACUAAUUAUACCCUGCCACUUGACUACGAAACGGACGCCCUGCGCCGGGAGUUGACACAGCUAGGGGCUCCGGUGGGUCCCAUUACCAAAACAACUAAGCGGCUGUACAUCAAGCAGCUAAUCAAAUACAAGCGCAAUACGGAGGCGCUGCUGGCCGCCCAAAAACACGCCCAGGAUGCGCAGAUCCGAUACUCGGUAGAGCUUCAUCGCACGCUGCGGUCGCCAGAGGACUUUGCGAGGAUCAAUGAUUACUUGCCGCAUGAAGCAACCUCUGCAGCGCAUUUCGCACAGUGUGGGGUGACAAAAAAGAACAUGCGAGAGGGGCACCUUAAACAGAGCUUCAUCUACAUGUUGAUUGAUCCACGCAUUUCUCGGAAUCUGCCUGGGGAGAGCGCUUUUCUCGAAAAGUUCGGGGUUUGGCAGCGUUUUCUGGACUCCAUUUUUUACAUAGGCAAGGGUAAAUGUUCGCGACCGUACGCUCACCUUUACGAUGCCAUGCGGCAGCACACACGCCUUCACCAGAAGCGCGAAAAAGAUAAGACAAAUAGGGAACGCGGCGGCGGAUUCCGCACCCUACAGCCAGAUGUUUUCCGCUCCCCUCCACCGGGAGAUGGAAAGAUGGGAAGCCGUAAGCUGGAGCGCAUCCUGGACAUUUGGCAACAUGGCAGUGGAGUCGUAUGUCUUCAUGUCUUUCACAACAUCUUGCCAAUUGAUGCAUACACACGCGAAGCUUCCAUUAUAGACGCUCUGGGCUUGAAUCACCUUACCAAUAUAAAGCGCGGCGACUACUAUGGGCCGGCUCAGUCUUGGACCAUGAAACAGAAAAAGCAACUGGGAAUAGCGCUGCUUUUCAAGGCCAUGCACAUCUAUCUGGCGGAGGGAGAAUCACAGUUGUCGCCAAGCGACCUCCUCUGAGAACGGGAAUAAAAUGUGGAAAAAAUAUUUACCAUUAUUACAAAGUGGAACGGCGCAUCUCGAAUAUGUUCAAAGAUUGAUCUCAAGAUUAAUUUUAUUUAGAAAAUGGGCAGAAUAAAAAAAUUGGGAAAUAAGUAAGGCUAUUGAAUUCAAGGCAACAGUUUACAAAUUUAAUUCUAGCUGGACCAUUAGCGGUAGCAUUUUAAAUGAUGAGAUGAUUUACAAAAUAUUAUUAUAUUAAUUUUUAGUCAAAUAGUUAUGCAAUUUGGACAGAUUAAUUUCAAAUAAUAAAAUACGUCCAUUC